AUAAAAUAAUUAAAAAAAGAGCUCCAUCAUCCUCCUCCUGCACCGUUGUGCUGGAGAUAGGGCAUCCUCCCAGCCGCCGACACUCAUGACUGCCGACUAGGGCCGCACAUUUGCGCACAAACGGAGGGAUUCAAGGACCGCAUCAUGGCCAAACACCGUCCCGACAGAGACAGCUGGGGUGAGUGGUCCCUCAGCGACAAAAAUGUCUACGACUGGAGCUCGGAGGAGGAGGAACCUGAUGGACGAGCUAGGCCCGUCCAGGUUCUGCUGGUCAAAGAUGACCACACCUUCGAGCUGGACGAGGCGGCGCUGAGUCGCAUCCUGCUGGCUGAGGAGGUCCGGGACCGGGAGGUGGUGGCCAUCUCGGUGGCCGGAGCUUUCCGCAAGGGCAAGUCCUUCCUCAUGGACUUCAUGCUGCGCUACAUGUACAACCAUGCAUCUGAACAAUGGCUCGGAGAUGCAGAAGAACCUCUGACCGGCUUCUCCUGGAGGGGAGGCUCAGAGAGGGAAACCACCGGGAUCCAGAUCUGGAGUGAAGUCUUUCUGGUGGACAAACCAGACGGGAGAAAGGUUGCUGUGCUGCUAAUGGACACGCAGGGCACGUUUGACAGCCAGUCGACGCUGAGGGAUUCAGCCACCGUGUUCGCUCUGAGCACCAUGAUCAGCUCCAUGCAGGUUUACAACAUCUCACAGAAUGUACAAGAGGACGACCUUCAGCACUUGCAGCUUUUUACUGAGUAUGGCCGACUAGCUAUGGAGGAGACUUUCCUCAAACCGUUCCAGUCCAUGAUUUUCCUCGUACGAGAUUGGAGCUUUCCGUAUGAGUUUCCCUACGGACAGGAAGGAGGCAUGAAGUUCCUCGAGAAGAGGCUGAAGAUCUCAGAGAACCAACAUGAAGAGCUGCAGAAUGUCCGGAAACACAUCCACUCCUGCUUCACCAACAUCUCCUGUUUCCUGAUGCCUCACCCCGGCCUCAAAGUGGCCACUAACCCACACUUUGAUGGAAGAAUUAAAGAGAUUGACGGUGAGUUCAUAAACAACCUGAAGAUUCUGGUCCCCUGGCUGCUCAGCCCUCGUAACAUCGAUGUGAAAGAGAUCAAUGGCAGCAAAAUCACCUGCAGAGGCCUGGUGGAGUAUUUCAAGGCAUACAUCAAAAUAUACCAAGGAGAAGAGCUGCCACAUCCAAAGUCAAUGCUACAGGCCACAGCAGAGGCGAAUAAUUUAGCAGCAGUCGCAGCUGCAAAGGAUCUGUACAACAAGAAGAUGGAGGAGGUGUGUGGAGGCGACCGGCCUUUCUUGGCGCCCAGCGAGCUGCAGGCGCGACACGGCGUCAUCCGAGAGGAGGCGCUGCAGGUGUUUCGGGGCGUGAAGAAGAUGGGCGGCGAGGAGUUCAGCCGCCGCUACCUGCAGCAGCUGGAGGGGGAGAUCGACGAGGUGUUCGUCCAGUACAUCAAGCACAAUGACUCCAAGAACAUUUUCCACGCCGCCCGCACGCCGGCCACGCUCUUCGUGGUCAUCUUUGUCAUGUACGUGGCGGCGGGCAUCACGGGCUUUGUGGGCGUGGACAUCAUUGCCAGCUUGUGUAACAUGAUCCUGGGCCUGGCGCUGAUCACGCUCUGCACCUGGGCCUACAUCCGCUACUCCGGGGAGUACCGGGAACUGGGCGCCGUCAUCGACCAGGUGGCCGGAGCGCUGUGGGACCAGGGGAGCACAAAUGAGGCUCUCUACAAGCUGUACAAUGUAGCGGCCAACCACAGGCACCUGUACCACCACGCCUUCCCCGGGCCUCAGGUGGACGAAGCGGCCGAGGAGCAGGACAAGAAGAGGGACUGAUUAGAAAAAGACAGAACUCGGCAGGGACUUCUGGAGGAACAUCCUCACCAUCAGGCACUCUUUUAUUCUGGUACCGGCUCCGGUGCAUUCACUACUUUACUCCUUAUCCCGGACUGUGUAACGUUCAUGCAGGCAACAAACGCCAUCUACCAUCACUUUUUAAGAAAAAAACCCACCUGUACAGAUACUGUCGGCACUCUGCUGGAGGAGCCCUGCGCAUAUCCAACCUCCAGUCAGCUCUUUAGUUCACACUUUCUCCAUCGUUUGUCUCCAUGAUUUUCAAAAUAAUAGCCCAACGUGUGAAAAUCCUCCCAUAUCGUGACGAUUUGUUCUGUUCUUUGAAGUUUAGUGCUGUUUAUAAGGAACAAUAUCUAUGAUGUUUGGAAGCCAAAAAUAAUGUGUGUUAACUAAUGAUCAUCAGCAUGGUAAAUGGUUAAUGUCUGUCAUCUUUAAGCUCUAAAAACCAGGUAUAGUUCAUUUUAAAAAAAAGUUUUAAUGGUUGUGACAAAGUGGUAUCGUGCCAUAACGUAAAAAAAAAAUCACUUCAUGCAGACACUCGAUGGCACUUUUGUUUUGGAGGUUGGCGGAUCAGGGAGUAGCAACACAACAGAGGAACACGAGUUUACACAUCACAGCUGACGUUAUCUCACACUGCAAUUUUGUAAUUCCUCUCGCUAUAUAUAUAUAUAUAUCUAUCUAUCUACAUGUGUGUGUGUGUGUGUUUGGCUUUGGAGAGGAAAAGAGUGUUUCCAUUGUACCGCAGAGGCGGGGGCCGAAGCCAUUGUUGUGUUUCUCACUGAAUGUUCGAGCAGAUCCGAGGAAUGUAGCUGUUCUGCGGCCACCGAGGAAUCAAAGCGAGAUGUUAUUAGGCGUGGCGACGGGCCCCGCUCUGGAAAAAAAAAGAAAGAAGAAAAAAAAGGAUCCUCAUUCCACGUCUCUUUCAUCAUCUUCACAAAACUUAAGCUGAAUCAUCUGUGCAGAACUGCUGCAUGAUGAAAGAGGCCCGAGGCUUUAUUUUGUUAAGUUUUUUUUAUGUGUUCUCCAAAAACUUCUGCUUGCAUUUUUGGUGUUCGAAUACUUGGGCUUAGCAAGACUGUUACUGUACAUUUGUAUAUGUGUGGUUUUUUGUUUUUUUUAGCGCUGUGUAACGUCACACACUGCAGCAUACAGUAGAGACUUGUCUUUUAUUCGCCCCCUCAGAUCUGGUCAGAGGAACACCGUCAUGCAUAUUUAGCAAGUUUAUAGUGAGGUCAGACCUCAAGGGUUGAAAAUUUAAAGGCACUGCAGCAGAGUGGCUUCUUGAGUCUUCCACAAUGUAUAAUCAACAUCACACAAAGAACCAUCCGAGGCCACUUUAAGAUCUGUGAGGUUUCUUUUUCCUUUUUUUCCGCCUCCCUCUCUUCACGACCAUGUUCUGGGUGCCGUGUCCAUUCACGAGUAUGAAAAGUAGUAUUUGUUUACGUUGUGUUGCGAGAUUUUUGUCUGUUAGAAAAAGAGAUUUAACGGCUCCGUUCCUCCUCGUCGACGCCGAAAUAAACACUCCGGAGCCUCUCGGUGAGAUCCUCCAAGUCAACUCUGCUUCGUUUCGACACACGCGUUGCAAAGUUUCAGUUACAAAGAAACAACUAAUAAAGAUGGACCAAACUAACACAA